UAACAAGAAGAGUAACAACAAAAACAAUACGGUUCGGCAAUCUCAUGCUGAUGUAAACAAAAACAACCACAAAACAGAUGACAAGCGCAAUGGAAGCCACAACAAACUUUGACAGUUGGCAGUGUUUGAAAGUGACAGCAUAACAAAAAUCAAUAACGUUAAAAAGACUUGCGCAAUGCGCGCUGAGGAAAAUGCCAGCCAAGUUUUUGCACCACACGACAUAGAAAGCACACAAAAUUCUUCGCACGAUUCGAAACGCUUCUUAAAAAUUUAGUAAAACAUUAUAAUUAAUAAAGAAAUAUUAAUAAUAAAUUAUUGAAAUCAAAUUUCGAAAAUAAAGAGAGAGUUCAUGCUUGUCUGCGGUGUGCAGUGUUGAAAAUGUAAAACCAACUCUCGUGGCAGACAUGAAGAUGUUGUGAAACUUUUGUCGAAAAAAAAAGAAAUUUACUAAACUAUAUUUGAGGGAAUGUGGUAUAUAAAAUGAAUAAUAAUUCUCCUAAAUCAUUUCCAAUACAAAUGUAUAGUGAAAUAUGAAAGUUUUUGGUUUCGAAACGCACUGAAAUUUCGGGCAUUUUGGGGUGUGUAGUGCUUGAGCAGCAGCAGUGUUGCCUUUCCUUUAUCGAUUAAAACCGCGAAAGGUGUUGUUGGCUUUUUAUUUGAGGUGUCAACAACAGCCCUAAGUGAUUACGUGGAAGCCACUUUAAUGUGUGAAAUCAAAAUGGUAAAGAGAUAGUGAAAAUUAUAUUAAUAAUAUAGAAAAAAUCCAUAAUAAAGUUGUAUUAAUUAUAAGAAAGAUCAUAAAAUACAAUAUUUAUUGUUGUGCUGACAUGAAAAACUACAACAAAAGCAUUGCAAACAUUGUCUUAAAUCAAAAUUGACAUAUCGCUUAAAUUUCGUUGCUUGCGCGCCGCAAAGUAGACUAAACUAUUUGCAUUUGUGCUUUGCAACGAGUGUCUCUUACAACUACGUGUACAACAAUUUAGCAUUGACUCGUCUAUCUACUGAACAUUAUCAAGCACAUUUGUAUACCUUGAAAGUGCAUAGAAUUGUUAAAUAGCGGAAAUGGAAUCCGCUCAGGCAACAACUUAUGAACCGUUAGAAGGUCGCAGUGCCGGCAUACGCCACGAGCCCAUGGACAGCCCGGAGGCGGACGUACGUUCACCCAAAGAUCACAAACAUUCUGUGUAUAUAGCAUUGUUGGCCGCCGGUGUUGGCUUUGUGUUGCCCUAUAACAGUUUCAUCAUCGCCGCCGAUUACUGGCAGGCAAGGUUCCCCGGCCGCUCCGUGGCAUUGGAUAUGUCCAUGACGUAUAUAAUUGUCGCAUUCGCCACCGUUUUACUCAAUAACGUAUUCCUAUCGCUGGCGCCGUUUCGCGUGCGUAUUCUUUUCGGCUAUGUUGUGUCAUUUACUACACUCAUCUUUGUGGCCGUCUGCGAGGUGGCCUUUCAUAUGUUCGCCGCCAAUACGGCGUACUCGGUGAACUUAGCUGCUGUGUCGUUGGUAGCUAUCGGCUGUACAGUCCAACAAUCUAGUUUCUAUGGCUUCGCCAGCAUGCUACCAAAGCAGUACACCCAAGCGGUGAUGGCUGGCGAGAGCAUUGCUGGCUUUUUGGUAUCUUCCAAUCGUGUGGUCACAAAGCUAUUAAUACAAAAUGAUCGUCUAUCAACGGUGAUGUUCUUUCUCACAUCGACAUUGUAUGUGCUAGUCAGUUAUGCUAUGCAUUUAUUCACCAUAAAUUCACCGUUUGUGCGGUAUCACAUGAAAGCGUGUGCUAAGAUUGUGCUCCGACCGGAUGAAGAUCGACUGUUUCCUCUCUUACAGCAAAACGACCUUGAUGGGGACACGACCAUCGCCAAGUACGGUGUAUUAACGCUGGAGCCCACUUCGCCGCCAGCAAAUGCCACAAAUAAUACAACAGGCGCGCUGAGUUUCAGCAAUCCUGUUUAUGAGCUCUCAAAUCCGACGGCUGGUGAAAGUGUUAUUGAAGGCUUGAACAGCUUACCCGAUAUGCCAAGCACACCGCAAGAGCCCACCACGCCCACCACAGUGGCUUUUAAGGUGGAGCAUGUACUCACGCCUGGUACUUGUACGCCAGGCAAGUUGAGCGAUCUGAAGAAUGGCUUUGUCUCACGUUGGACCGUCGCGCAAGCUAUCUAUCCAUAUAUGGUGUGCAUUGCGUUGGCCUAUUGUGUCACACUCUCACUGUAUCCAGGCAUCGAAUCGGAGAUUAUCUCUUGCAGUCUCGGCACAUGGCUGCCAGUGCUGCUUAUGUUUACCUUCAACACGGCGGAUGUGAUUGGCAAAAUACUCGCUGCUGUGCCAUAUCCAUGGUCACGGCGACAGUUGAUUUUGAUGUCUGGCCUGCGUAUUGUAUUGGUACCGCUAUUGCUGUUAUGCUGUGCGCCGCGUCAUCAACCUGUCAUUUCCGGUGAGACAGCGGCUUUUAUCUUCACAAUCGGUUUGGGCGUUAGUAACGGUCUCGCUGGCAGUCUUCCAAUGAUGCUAGCGCCAGCCAAAGUACCCGGUACACUAAAAGAAGUGACCGGCAAUAUGAUGACACUCUCGUACAAUGUCGGUUUAACGGCAGGUUCGCUUAUCGGUUACGUUUUUGAAUCGAUGCUGGGCGCACAGCUCACCAAUCCAUGUCCGACUUACCCAUAUGCGCCGGCCUCCAUGUUAGAUCCUACUGGUGCGCAUGCGCAGCUCAUGAGCUCCACUAGCACGACCAGUACCGCAGCGCCCAUAUUGAAUACGACAGCCGUUGCUGCGGCGCUACUCACCACCACAGUUUCCACACUCUUGCCCACCACCGAGGCGAGUACAACUGCUUUGGCGGCCACCACAGCAGCGGCAGCUGUGACCACAACCAGCACAACUGUGGCGCCGCUCUUGCCCACUUUAAUAACACCGACUACCGCGUUCGUGACCUCUACAGCGGCGGCGAUCUUAAGUUCAGUAGCGGGUACCAUCGAUAAUGUCGUCUCGGCCGUGGUGAGCACUGUCUCAACGGCAGCUUUAGGCGAUUUGACCGGUGAGACGAGCAUAAGCACCACAGAUCCACAAACGCCAAUAGAGCUGAUGCAACAGAUCUAAAUUGUUUGCUGGGCGGCACUUGACUAGAUUGAAGUGGAGCGAGACUGAAAAGUGUUUUAGUGCAUAGACCAAGCGCUGAAGGUGUUUGGACUUUUUUAGCGUGUACCGUCACGAAAGACAUUAUAAUUUUCAAGACAGUGUGUAGAAGUGUUGUUCCGUCUGUUGCGCAUUUUGAAGUAUUGUAAAUAGCUGCUUUAUGUUUUUGUAUUCAAGCCGCAUAAUUUUUGGGUGUGUUGAACUUUCUUAUAUACAUAGACCUCGCUAUGUGUGCAUGACUAAAAUGGUAGGUGGUCGUGUUUAUAAAAUAAAACUAUUAUUCAUCACCCAAUUAAUUCCACAGAAAUCAAAGCAUGAAACGAAAUUGUUAACAACAAUAAGCGAUCAAAGGUUUUAAAAAAGAGAUAAUACAAUUAACUAAUACUUGCUGCUAACGGCAUGCCAUACUCAUACCAAAUACAUAAAUAAUAUACUCAUACAGUUAAUUAGCAUACAAACAUUCAUAAUUAGAUACUAACAUUUCCAAGUAACUGAAGUAAAAGAUUAGAUCAUGCGAUUAAAAAUGCGCGCUCGAAGGUAGGCUACAAGAAUUACAAAAAAUUUAAUAACUAAUCAACAUGUUUUUAUCAAAAACAGACUUCAGCGUUUGCCUACUUUAAGCGCCUACUUCUAACGCAAUUGUGAGCAUGUGGAAAGAAAUUUGCGCCGAAAGGUAGACUAAAAAUAUAUGAAAAUUUGCUGUGGCCGUUGCCUACCUUUAAGCGCCCAUUUUUUAACUAAACUCUGAGCGCUAGUAUUUCCAAAAUUUGCUUGUUUUGUUUCAUAUACUCAUAAAUAUCACCGUAAAUUUUACUCAGUUAAAAAUAAAAAUACAAAAACUUUAAUAUUAGAAUGAAACAGUAAGUCGCGUGCAAUUUAGAGAGAAUUACGUACAUAAAUUGUGGAAGAAAUGAAAACAAAACCUAUAAAACGCGUAUAACUCAUAAACUUCAAAGUGAAGUUGGUACUUAAGUGCAUGUAUUAGAAAACAGUGUGACGUAUACUUUUAGGCGUGUUACCAUGUUUUUCCAGAAUAACCAAAAAGGGCUGGUAGAAAUAUAAAUUCUUAAAAUUACAUGAGAUAUAUUUUUAAUAUUAUAUAUGCAUACAGAAUUACAUAUAUAAGAAUUCAAAGUGAAAAAAUAAGCCCACAAAAACAAAAAAUAAAGCAAAAGAAACCGAUUUGAAAUUAUAGCAAUCGGAUUUGCCGAUGACUAUGUCAUAAUAACUGAAAACAAAAAUUAUUUUAAAUUUGAAGAACAAAAAUUUACGAUUUCCGUUACUUACAAUUUCCUUUUUGUGCCUUAUUAUUGUAAUUGUUAAUCGCUUUCGUUUUUAUUGUUUAAAGAAAAAGGCCGCAAUGGGGUUCUAAAGUAUGCAACAUUAAGACAAAAGUGCUAUUAUAUAAACGAUUUCAUCAUCAUUUGGCUCUACAGCUGUUUGUGAGCUUUAGCCUGCUGAACAAUACACCUAUAGUCUCUCUCCAGUUUUCCAGUCGAAGUUUCUUCAGAUAUUUCGUUUAAUUCGGACUUCCAUUUUGGACUUCCUCUUGCUUUGCCGAUGAAUAUAUGACGAUAUAUGUCUCUAAAUUUCUUGGACUCACAACUGAUGUCUUUUUGGGGUGCGUAAGUAAUUUGGAAAAAUUUAAGUUCAUAGACCGAUUAUAAUUGAGUUGUAAAUUACGAUGAGCAUAACUUUCAUAGAAACAAAUGUACCGAGGAAUGGUUAGGAUAGGUUAGGUAUUGAGGCUGGUUUUCCAGAUAACAAACUACGGUUGUAGACCCCUCUUUUGUGAUACUAAAAAAGUACACAGCGGAGAUAUCUCGAACUCUCUUAUAUGAAUAGAACCGUACAUGUCGGCAAAGCGACGUGAGCCUCGAACCCUUUUGCUGAUUUCGAUUCCUGUUAAUUUGCUCGAAUGAGUUCAAAUAUGUACCUAUAUUAGUCUAGCGAAAGAAAAAAUAUCGAGAUAUUGUCUUAUUACCACCUUAUACCAACCUUUUCCUUCUACUACCGAUCAGUAUUCACCGAUACAUCGUAGUCCACAAUUAAAUGUAUGAAGACAAUGGUGACCCACCAGUUUCCAAUGUGAUGAUAUUUUUCAAGAUUUAUUGCAAGUCUUUCAGUUCUACGGAUUCCUACGGCUUUGGUGUCACUAAAAAACUCCAGGGUUUAUGAUGAAGUUGCUCCACAAAAAGCGAGAUUUGUCGGGUUUUAAGUAAUGAAAAGUUGUAGUUUAGAAAUGUUUGCAUUUGGGAUUAUUUUGCAAAAUAUGGGUGUUCUUUAAAAUGCUUAAUCCAGCUAUUGAACCUAAUGAAGUGGUGGCAAUGUCUUCUUCGAGAAAUUAGUAUAUAAUUUCAUUUAAGUGACAUUAUAUAUUCUCGAUAUAUUAUCUUCUUCUUCGAUAUAUAUUUUAGUAUUGCGAAUUUAUGAACCCCAUAAUGAACGCCCUAUAUCUUAUUAAUUACAUAUUGGAUUGGCUUGAAAACAUAACUAAAUUUUACAAAAAUCUUUAACUUUUUUAUGAAUUUCUUUAUCACUUUUAUCUUAUUUCACUAAAUUCUAUAAUUAUUUUAUAAUAUUAACUAAUAUUUUUGAAUAUAAAC